GUUGAUCUGAUGCGCUUUUAUAUGCUUCGCCCGGUCGCUCUUCGUUCUGCAUUAGUUCCUCAGUCUCUCCUUACUUGCUUUUGCGAUAGAAAAAGUACUUCUAUAAAGUUUCUCCCGCGCGACUCGGUCAUUCUUUUACCUUCAUCCCUGACUGCCUGUCACUCUUUCAUCAUCCAUCAUCCCAUCUACCCACGACAAUGUUGUUUCGCCUUCUAUCCGCAACGGGUGCCUUGUGCAUCACUACUGCAGCUGCCGCGGCUCUACCUGCGCCUCGGCUGCAAUCCACCACUGGAUCUCAUCAAAUCAACCUCCCUGCUAUCCCCUGCGCGUUCUCCGACUCGACUUGCACUGAAUCCUUCGACUCUGUUUCACAACUGACCAUCGACUUCUCCACCCAAAAUGGCACCCUUCGAGCCAACCAACAACCCAUCUUCCCAGCUACCGUACCGAUGCAGUUUACAGCAGAUCGCAAGUGGGAGUCAUUCGUUCAGCCGGUCCAGGUCUCCUACGCGUUGGAUGUACGGCCGCUGCCUGCUCGCCCUGGCGCUGAUCUGGGCGAUAUCUACUACCUCAAGCUCCGGCUUUUCGACCAGCACGGUCAAGCUGCCACACAGAACUCCAUCGCAAUCAGUUUAAUCAGAGACGCCCAGGGUGGUCUGCAGCUGGCGAUGAUCGACCCGAACGGUAGCCGCGAUUACGGUCACGGAAACCGUGUAUGGCGGAUGAAGGCCUGGAAGGAACAGCUCGAAACAUACUACAACCAUGCCAAGGAGGCCGUCAAGAACUGCGUCAAGCCUGAACACCCGAAGCACGAACAUGAACAUGAACACUCCCACGAGCACCCUCACAAGAUGGCUGGAUCUUCUUCAGACUCCCACCACCACCGCCGUCCUUCCUCCAACAAGUACUACCCCUCAAGCCAGAGCGGCCACUUCUUCUGGACUGGACGUGAACAGAGCAUCAUGAAGAUCGCCCGUCCGGUCAUCCUCCCCGCCCUGAUGGGAAUCAUGGCUGGUGGAGUUGCCUGCAUUGUUGGAUUCCUGCUGGGUCGUCUCAUCAUCUCUAUCUACUUGUGCGCGGCGAGCCGCCGGCAGCAGCAGCAGAACAUUCCCAUCAUCCGCAUCGAAGAGGGCGAGCCUAUCUCCGAGAAGGAAGCCCUUCUUGAACCCUACAGCGAUCAGGAACCUGAGACGCGCCAAUCAUUCCCAUGAUCUUUCUCUCUUUCUUUCAUUCCUUUCCUUACGUUCUAUCUCUCUCUUUACCCCUCACGUUCACCUGUACAUUACAGCCCUCUCCUUUUGUCUCUGUGUUGACGUUCAUGAUAUCCAAUGUAGCAUAGCAUACAUACCCAUGUGAUUUUUGUCCAUAUGAAUACCAUCCGAAUUAAGAUGAAUCGAUGUGUCCAUCUGAAAUAUAAACCUCUUUCCUACUCAUAGUCUUCAACAAGGCCGGCUGGCCCAAUGGUAAGGCGCUUGACUACGGAUCAAGAGAUUGCAGGUUCGAGUCCUGCGUCGGUCAACUUUUUUGCUCUGUAAAUCUCUGCAAAUGAGUGUGA